AAGAGGCUAUCCAAGGUGCACUGUACCUCUCAGACCAGAUCUUACUCACAGAGGAAACCUGAUCUGCUGCAACACGGAAACAUCAGCAGUGAGAUGGCGAGACAAAUUCCUUAGGGAGCUGCCUCUUUUCAAGCCAAGUGUUCAUGAUAUGAUCCAGCGGGCUUACAGAGAUCAACAACCCAUUUGUGAAUAAUGGUUAAAAACGAAUCUCACCUGGAUGCUUUGACACUGGCAAUGCUGCAGAAUAAAACAGUCUCCAUCACCCUCCCAGUAGUGUAUACAUUGGUGGCUCUGGUCAGCAUCCCUGGCAACUUGUUCUCCCUUUGGGUGCUCUUUUGGCACAUCAAACCCAAAACGCCUUCUGUUAUCUACAUGAUCAACUUAAGCAUCACGGACCUUAUGCUGGCCAGCUGUUUCCCCUUUCAGAUUUCUUAUCAUCUCCAAAGCAAUCACUGGAGAUUUGGCAAGACUCUUUGCAGCCUUGUGACAGUGAUGUUCUACUCCAACCUGUAUUCUUCCAUACUGACCGUGACCUUGAUCAGCGUGGAGCGGUACAUGGGUGUGGUACACCCCAUGAAGUUGACCAAGUGGAGAAGAAAAAGAUAUGCCUUGGCUGCCUGCCUAGUUAUGUGGAUUGUCUUGCUAGUAGCCUUCUACCCACUAGAAACUACAGACCUGACCUAUGAAGUGAAAGAAUUAGGGAUUAUAACCUGUUUUGAUGUCCUAAAAUGGGAUAUGCUGCCCAGCUUUGCAGCUUGGGUAGCAUUUCUUCUCACUUUAUUUGUUAUACUGUUCCUGAUCCCUUUUGUUGUAACAGUUGGAUGCUACAUUGGUAUCAUUAGGAAGCUAAUUCAGACAUCAAGCACAUAUGGUAAUAAGCAAAAGACUAGAUCCAUACACCUGGCAAUAAUUGUCCUUGUGUCCUUCAUCACUUGCUUUGCCCCCAAUAACUUUAUCCUACUUGCACAUAUGAUCAGCCGCCUAUUUUACAGCAGCAGUUUGUACCCUGCCUACAAGCUCACCUUGUGCCUCAGUUGCUUCAACAACUGCAUAGAUCCCUUCAUUUAUUAUUUUGCUUCGAAGGAAUUUUGCCAGAAAUUCAGGCAAAUGUUUCACCCUAUGGUACUGCUCAGUGACAGCUUGGAAAACAGAAGGGAAAGUUUAUUCUCUGGCAGGACCAUGUCAGCCAGAUCAAUGUCAAGUGGAACUAUGGAUGGAUUAGAGGGAGUAAGGGUCAAUUUGCAAAGGCAGGAAAGUGUUUUUUAGCUUUAAAUAUUCCUAGAAGACAUUUAUGAAAUUCAGUAGACACAGAAAACUUUUCCUUUUGAAAG